UGAACACCUUUGAAUUCUUAAAAGCAUUUCCCAUCGUAUGGCACAAGUAGUAGAUAAGUUUGGAGCCGAUCUUAUGUUUAUCUGAAGCGAAACUGAGCUUUGAACUUAAUUGGGAGGUUUAUUAAGCUUUGAAGCCAAAAUCCAGAUUUCUUCUAUAUAGCUCUGGGUAUUUAUAGUUGAAGGCUGUGUCAUGUGAGAGAGCAAGUGCGGAACAAGUGGGCCUAUCUUUUUGGUUCAAAAUACACCCAUAUAUAUCCGGAUCUGUCUUCAUCUUUCAGGUAAGUUUGCCAGCUCAUUCAUUUACAAAUUUCACCAUUAGAGAAUAUAGAGCUUGGGAGAUGGAGCUUCAACAUUUCGGCCACAGUCAUCCGUUGAACUUCAACGAAGAUCGGCCAAGGAUUAAUUAUGGAUAUUCUAAUAAUUGUGUUGGGUGCUGGGAACAUAUAUCGGGUCCUAAUUAUAGUUGCAAAGAGUGCUCUUGGGUAGUCCUUCAUAAAUCAUGUGCGGAACUACCCCGCAAGUUGCAGCAUCCAUUGCACCCAAAACAUCCCCUUCUCAUCAAACAUCAAUUUCUAAAUCCCAAAGUCAAAUGCGAGGGUUGCAAUGGAGGUAAUAUGAAGGGCUUCAUUUACAAUUGUUUUGACUGUAAAUUUAAUCUUCAUACAAAAUGUGCUUCUCUGCCGCUCACCAUCCAAGCUGAAACUCAUGCCCACCCAUUGACCCUCAUGCGUAGAUCUGUCUCUUUCACCUGCGAUGCUUGUGGAAAAGAAGGCAAAGGCAUGUUUUAUUCAUGUGGUCUCUGCGGAUUCUGGGUCCACCUAGAAUGUGCUUCCAUCCCAUUGACUGUCAAGCAUAUCCGCCACACCCACCCUCUCAACCUGAUCACCAACUCUCUUGAGGUCCAUCAAUCCGACCAUAGACUUUGCCAACUCUGUGUUGAAAUUGUAAACAUAGACUACAUGUUUUAUUGUUGCUCAACUUGUGAUUACGUUAACCAUCUUCAAUGUGCUACAAAUAGACGACUGCUGGAUGAAACAUUUGUUCCGGAUUCUGAAGAUACGGAGCUGGGGCCUGAUCAAUCCAUUGAUUCCUUUCCUUAUGUUGUCUUGAAAUCCAAAGUGGGAAAGGACAAAAUUGAAAAAGCUGUCAAAAUCAAACAUUUUUGUCAUGAGCAUGACUUAGAGCUUAAUGAUGAGCAACUUGAGAAUAAAGAAAAAUGUGAUGCGUGUGUGUCGCCUAUCUCCCUUCCCUUUUAUAGUUGUGCUCAAUGCAGAUUCUUUCUUCACAAAUCUUGCGUUGAAUUGCUCAAAAAAAAGUCACACCCACUUCAUCAACAUUCCCUCAUUCUCCUCCCAGAGAUAUCUUAUAUUAGGCGAUUUCGCUGUGAUGCUUGUAACCGCACUUGUAAUGGCUUUGCCUACCGUUGUGAAAAAUGCGAUUUCGACCUUGAUGUCUAUUGUAGUUUGAUACCAGACAUCAUUAACCAUGACGGUCAUGAGCACCAACUUAUCCUCUCCAGCACAUCAGAUUCUGAUAAGUGUAGCUCUUGUGAUUCUAACAAAGAAGAAUUAAUGUUUCGUUGUGCUGAUUGUAAAUUUACUCUGGAUUUCAAAUGCGCUACAUUACCUCAUACCAUAAGAUACGGACCGUACGAACAACCAUUCAUACUUUGUUAUAAAGAUGAAGAUAGUUCUAGUGAUGAAUAUUUUUGUGAUAUUUGUGAAGAAGAGCGGAAUCUAAAGCACUGGUUCUAUUAUUGUGCAGACUUCAAUUUUCCUGCUCAUCCCAAUUGCAUUCUUGGAAAACUUUCAUAUAUGAAGUCUGUGAGGCAUGAACAUCCCCUCAAGUUGGUUGACAAGUGCAAGGGUGCCGAUCGUCUAUGUGAUGAAUGUGGUAGUCUUUGCUAUGGCUUGACUUAUAAAUGUAUCGAUUGUGAUUUCAAUCUUCACAGGUGGUGCAUUCACAAGACUACAGAACAAACAAGGCUGGCUGAUUGAAAAUUUUCCAUUACUUCCCAAAUCUAGUUGUUAAUAUAUUGUGAACUAUAAUGAGCUUAAAAAUGGGAGAUGCAACUAAACCUUUCCGACACGCCAUUUUUCCUACCUAUUUGCAUAGGUAUUUUAUUGUGUAGCUUCUAAUCAUUUUUAAGUUUUGAGUUUAGUUAUUUUGUUGUAAGAACUAUAUUUCAUUUGUAUUUCAUCAAUUUCUAUUUUGGUUUUUUGGUCAUUAUACAACCCUCUAUAUGUUUUCACUCU